CCAGAUUGGCCGAGAGAUGAAGCUUGGGUAGGGCUUAGGUUUUGAACAACGCACGUCUGGGAACUUGGAGAGAGAAUACACAUGAAAUGGUUGGCGUUUAAAAUGUCAUGUUGUUCAUUUUAGAUGUGUAUUAUAAAGAAAGAGUCGUUAUAAAUGAGCGAGCAGCACGGGGCUGUCGUGUCAGAAACACCCUCGUGGGUUCCAGUAACAAUUUCAGUAGUGUUUCGUAAACAGACGAAGCUGGUGUAAAUAAUACGGCGGUCCAGUUCUGGCAAGUAUCGAACAGGCUUGCGAUGUUUGCUCCAGCGACUGCUGGCGGACCUUCCACCAUGGACGUCCUCAGAGAGAGAAUGCUUGAAAAGAAACAGGGCUCCUUAAAAGCAGCCAAACUGAACACAUCACUUGCACUGAAGAUCAAAACCAAGAUCCUAAAUAACUCCUCCAUCGUUCACACUUCUAUGAAAAUUAACAACAAAGCAUUGGCAUUGGCUCUGAGUGCCCAAAAGGAGAAAUGCAAACUUUUAGAGCAGGAAAUGAUUAAACUUCAAAAGGAAGCGGUGAUGCUGUAUGUUCAGAAUGCCUCGUAUAGUCACAGACAGAAUCACUUGCUUUCACUACUUAAAGAACUGCAGCAGAGCACACAUGAGAGAUUAGAUGCUGCUGUCCAGAUGUGUUCAGUUGAAGAUUGCCCAAGUCCAACUGGCUCCAAGAGAAGCAGCAAACCACCUCUCCCAAACAAUGCAGGGACCAGUUUCCAGAAUGUUGGUAACAAAGCUACUUGUGCAGCCCAGAAGUCCCCUGUCGUGUCAUUGGAGAAACCUGUGCUGCAGCCACAGCCAGGGAGACCUGUGCAAGAGAAAUGCUUCCUGCAAUCACCACUGGAGGAGAACGCUGUUAACAGGCAGCCUGAACCUGGGCAUUUCCUAGAAGAUAUGCAUCAUAUCGACCAAGAAGAUGCAGGAAUCUUUGCUUCCCCGUCACCUGUAGUGAAAGAGCCCUCCAAUCCCACAGCUUCGCCUGACCGAGUCAUAAAAAAAGGGAGGAGAUCAUGCCUGGUUACUGCGGAGCUUUUUGAAAUUUAUUCAGAAGGGUGUCCUGAGACUGAUGACUCUACAGUUGUUAAAACUCGCAAAAAUCUAUCUGGAGUGGGCAGUCCAGGUGUUUCUCUUGCUGAAUCCAAUGGCUCUAAAGAGAGUCUUGAAUUACAGGUUCCUAAACAAGAAACCACAGUCUUUGAUCCUGAAAUGGAACUGACUGUCAAUGAGGAGACUGAAAUUGUAACUGUUGAAUCAAACUCCUGCAGGAAAAAUGUUGAGGAGAACAGAGCAGCAAAGCCGCGGAGUAAAAAAGGUGAUCCUGAAGCUCUGAGAAACAUAAAGAAAAGGGAUCCUAGCGAAGCUAUUCCACUUGUAAAUUCGACUCGCCCGGUCUCUAAAAAACAGAGACGAAUCAAACCUUUAGAUACAGACAAGGCAAUCUCAGAUGCUGUUGGUAGUGACUUGCAAACAGCAAGUUCAGCCUCUGCAUCUGAGGUGAGUGUAGCAGCCAAUAAGCAGCUGCACCAAGGGGAAGAGCGUUGCAGAAUAACAGAUGCCUCUCUGAACACUGAAUGUAAAGACCGCAGAAACGCUUAUAAAGUCUCCGUUUUUCAGAAUGCUGAAUAUAAAGAUUGCAGAAAAGCUGGCAUAAUCUCAUCGGAAGCUUUGAAAUAUACAAAUCAAUGUGAACAAAGCAGAGCACAACUUGGGCAAGUGGAAGAACCACUGGAUCAACCAAAAGAUUUGUUGAAAGAAAAUACACUUGCUGAUUUUCAAACUGUAGAAACAAAACCACAGGACUUUUUAAAUGUUGAGACUAAAGAGAGCAGAAGAACGUACCUAGUCUCGGGCCCUCCAAGUGGAACUGAUUGGAACACUGCAGGUAAAGAUAACAGAAGAACAUUUGUAAUCUCAGAUUUUCAGAAAGCUAAACCCACAGCUAGCGGACUAUCACACGUAGAGCCUGGGCAAGAAGAGAAUUUACAGAACCUUGCUCUCAAAGAUAAACCUGUAGAAAAUGCACAUAGUAGCAAUUUGAAAUUGUGUGAUGGAGCUUUUGUUAUGUCAGACAGAUAUGUUACUAAAAGAACCAAAAGGGAAAACUCCAUAAUCACCCCCCCUUUACAUAAGGCAGAUGGUGAUUCUGCAGUAGAGGUCUGUGAAACAGAAGUUUGUGAAAGCAAUAGCACAGCGAAGGUCAGUAAACACAAAGAUAACAGCAGCAGAAAGAGAAGGAAUGUGGUUGAUGAAAUCUGUGCAGAAAUAGGCAAAAAUUCUAACAAUACUGUAACGCACAUCCAACCUGAGAGUGGUCUAAAUGAGCCUGUUGUGCAAUGCUCUGCAAAAAGAAGCCGUAUUCCUCAGAAAUCAUGCUCUAACGCGACACAAGUAGAGUUAAAUGCUAACCCAAACAGGAAAACGUAUGUAGUUCAUCCUGCAAACAAGUUGAAAAGUUCUAAAAGCAGCCCUGAGAAUCAAACAAAGAAAGUGAAAUCUAAAAGCCGCUGUGCAAAAAUUGCAUUCAAAGAAGCUGUUGUUCCAAAUCCCUGUUUUGUAUUCACUCAUAAUGAAAGUGAGUGUGUAAAAGAUAGCAAAACUACACAGGAAAAUCAUUUGGAAGACAGCGGUACUCCUCUGAAAAGAGAGUCCUCUUCACUGGAGACUACAAACUCUGACCGUGCCGGAGGUGUGAUUUUAAAGCCACCUUGUGUUCAGAAGGCAUCAGCAGGUGGAAGAGGUGGUGUCAGAGUUUGUAGUGUGCAGGACACAUGUGCUUCAGAACAAACUCCAAUGACUGUCGCCUCACCCGGGGCUGCAGCACAGAGAGCUGAAGAACGCUCUGCUGUCCUGGAAAGCCUUCAGAAGUUGGUUCAAGAGGACAGUUCUCUUGGUGGAUUCCAGUGUCAUGGACCUGAAACUCAGGAGUGUGGCCUAUUUCAGAAUCUUCAUUCUCUGGUGAAUACUGUUAAAGAAAGUGAGAAGAUUGCACAUACUGUGAAGAGAAGUCGAGACAAAACCCCUGAUGGAAGAAUACUGCAGACUAUAACCAACACCAGUUCGAGUACUUGUGAAGAAGCUGGUAUAGCCAAGAAACGCAGGCGAGCUGCAGCUGUUGCUAACUACAAGGAGCCACGACUUAAUAGCAAGUUAAGGCGUGAAGAUCAAGAGAAACUGCAGCCCUCUGUGUACAAGGUGUACAAAUAACAAAAUGAGAUCCAAAUGAAACUGGAAUCGGAUGUACCAAUGUAAUCCCUUUUCAUGUUUUUUAAAUGAUAUUUUCUAUUCGAUGAAAUACAAUGUUGUGUGUAACUACGUUGGUUUUGCUGAUGUUGAAAGGAACCAUGCCUGUAUGCAGAGUGUACUGCAUGCUGGUCCAUGCUGAGUUUUACUGAAAAUACAUAUAUUUUAUAAUUCAUACUGUAUUUAUUAGAUUAAAAUAAAUUAAUGAGCAUGCCUCAGAAUGGCGGUACCCCAAAAUCUUAUCCCUUUGCUGGAAACAACCAACGCCUUGUUUAGUAAAUAUUUUGGUAUCGCUUAUUUGCCCUGUUUUUUGCCAUGAUGCAGAAAUAAGGCCUUUUGAAAGUAUCUGUUUUAAAAUGUCUUGUAAUUUUAUAAUGUAUGUUUGUGAUGAAACUUCUGUAACAUGAAGCUGCGAUGUGCUUUUUGUUUGUUUUUCCUUGUUAAAAAUCAAUAAAUAAAGUAUGUAUUGCUGCUAAUUAAUAUUUCAUUGCUGCCUGUUUAUUUGAGAAAUUGGAGUCUGUCAUGCUUCCCUAGAUAAGCCAAAGGGUUUCUUAGCAACAGAGCACUACUUUGGUCUCAAGGAAAGCCUCCCGAGUGUUUUCUGUAAAUACAUCUAUACCAAGCUCGAGUCUGUAACAGCAGCACGAUAUCCAGGUGCAGAACAGAUCAGACCUCUUGUCUUUUCCCAAACUGCAAGCAGGUUUUUUCUGUGGAGCUAAGGUAGAGAACCUUCAUCUUGGUAAUUAUGGAAAAAAGGCGCUUGAGGAAAGAGAUUGAACAUUUAUUGGUGGAAUACAUUGGUGUCAGACUCCGAGAAAACAGAUUUGAUCCGAAGGGUAAAAAGGAUUCAACUUUACUUGAUGACUUGGCACAUUAUGACUUGGCCAUCAAUGUUGCUUUACUUUGGUUGAACAAAGCUGAAAAAAAAGAUUUUACUGACAAUGAAAUACGAGUGAGCAGCUCCAGGGAGUGCAAACACCCCAAUAGGAUGGAGCGAGAGGCGAUGAUACUCUCCUCCUUUGCGGGGAUUCUCAUGAAUACCUUGCCUGUGGAAGAGGUCAUUUCCCUCUACAAGUGUAAACCCUCAACAGCACACUCUGGGCAGCACGCUAAGAGCCAAAUAGUGCACCCUUUCACCCUUUCCUGCCACCCAUUUGCAAUGCUCACGGCCAUCAAGGCUGUAGAACAUGCCAGGAAGCACAGUAUGAAGCUGAAUUCCUGGAAAUCAGCAAAAAACAAGUGUGAAAGUACGGCAGAUAAUACAGCUGCACAGGCAGCAGCUCCGCCCACUAAUGCUGAAGAAUGCACUCUGGAAGAUUACCCUGAAGAUUACUUGGGCUGCUUUGAUUUGUGUGAUGAUGAACUUUGUAAAUAGUUUGGCUUGCGUUACUGUUACACUAAACAUUAUAUUACAUGUUAGUAGUUGGUUGUUGUUUGUUUUUAAGCUUGUUACUCAGAACUAUUUAUCCAACUUGUUGCAAUUUAGGAAAGACAUUUGGAUGUGAGAUCAAAUAAAUGGUUUGUGACUGAUGA